AUGUCCAUCAUCAGCGGAAUACUCGACUAUGUCGAGUCUGUCGAAAACCACGUCUACGCGUCUGUCUCAGAUGUGUCCGCGGAAAUGCCCAUGAUCAAGGAAGCUCUUCAUCGUCUUUGGGUUGACGUUUCAAGGUUCGGGCCUACACUUCCAGACCUCCACAUCCCAGGAUUGGGCGACUUUGAAGUACCUCCUCCGCCUCCUCCACCUCCUCCACCAAAAUCCUUGCUAGAGAAUUCUGCGGAUUGGAUCUCUGAUCAUCCGUGGAAGGCUUCCAUCGGCGUUGGGAUCGUGGGCGUUGGGUUGCUAGUUGGGUACAAUAGUGUUCGUUCAAGAGCGAAUGCACGGUUGCGGAAGAAGGGAACCUCUUUUAGUGAGAGAAGACAAGUCAUAGUGGUGUUGGGAGGAGAUACGCCCUUGGCUUCGCCUUUGAUUCAUGACCUAGAACAGAAAGGUUAUAUUGUCAUCGUCAGUGUUGCUACCCCAGAAGCGGGCGAUGAGCUUGAGACCACCCAUUCCAAUGGAUACGUCAAGGCACUUGUACUCAGCCCCACAGAGCUCGGGACAAUUCCUAUCUUCCUUCGCUCCCUGGCAUCCACACUCUCGCGACGAUUUCCCAUCAACGCUCCGGGCGAUCCGCAUGCAUCCCCAGCGACGCUCCCCUAUAUACACUCCAUCAUCUCCCUCCUCACUCUCCCAUCUGCUUCAGCUCUCCCUCCAGCCCCACUGGAACACCUCCAUCUACGCAACGAAUAUCUCCCCUAUUUCACCGCAACACAUCUGGCUCCACUGCAAGUAAUUCAAGCGCUCUUACCUAUGCUCCGGACUGCGCCUUCGCGCGCGCGCGAUGCGGCUGCAAAUGGUGCUGGCCAGCGGAGCAUCGUGGUUUGUAUCCCGGCAGCCGAGGCUCGCGUAGGCCUACCGUUUGCUGCUGCCCACGCGAUGAGCGCUGCUGCUACGUUGCGCGGGGCCGAAGUCCUACGCCGGGAAAUUCAUAUCGCAGCUUUGACUAGCGCGUCAGACUCGAUGAGUGACAUCAGAGUCGUUGUCGUCGACGUUGGCUCUGUCGAGUCACCCCGUGCUGUCCGCCGGCUUCAGCUCACGUACGAUAUGCGCCGAGAUAUGGAUGGCUGGACGGCUUCGGAGAAGUUGGCCUAUGGACCGGCUUACGAGUCACUUCUAGAAGAGGGGCAUCAUUACAAAAUGACGCGCAAGCCUACCGAUGUGCGCGUGUUUGUCGAGAGGAUUGCGGAUAUCGUGGGUGGGAGUUAUAGAGAUCCUUUCACGAUCUUUGGCUAUGGCUUCGGCCUCAAACAUGUUCUGCGCGCGAUUCGCGGCGACCGGAUCACUGUAGGCGCGGGCGCGACCACCUACAUGAUGGCAUCGUAUCUUCCGACGUCGAUCCUCGAUGUGAUCCUUAAUCUUCCACACUUCCUUCUAUCUGUCAGGAACGCACUGCUUCCUGUUCCGCCACGCAUCGCUCUACCUUUGGAGAGGGGUGUCCCUUUUUCGGUACCGGCCGCUGCUGCCCCUGUGCAGGUGGAAAAGCAAGGGGCCGAUAGCUCCGCAAAUGUAUCUGACCUAGAUAUAUCGGAGACAGGGUCAGAGGUUGACGUCGAGAGUAACGCCGGGGAGGGCGUGGGCGAUAGCUGGGUGAGCCUCAAGUCGAAGGAGUCG